ACUGACCUGAAUCGACCCGACAACCCGAAUGGUCAGACCAAGAUCCAACAGCGAUAACUUCUCUCCUCUCUAUAACUCCCUUUUGGUUCUCUUUAACCUCCGAAUUUUCUCGCCGUCGCCGGUCAAAUUUCAAGCCCUAGCAGCGUCGCGGAUUAACGGAUUCAACAUGCUUUUCGGUGAGAAUUGUGUUCACGAGACAUACUAUGAGAUUCUCUCAGUGAAAGAAGAUGCGAGCUAUGAAGAAAUCCGCAAUAGCUACCGUUCUGCGAUUCUCCACUCUCAUCCAGAUAAGCUUAACAACAACAAUUCUCGUCGUACCUCAGACGAUGAGAAGUUUCUGAAGAUUCAAAAAGCUUGGGAAGUUUUAAGUGAUGCAGAGCUACGUGUAGUUUACGAUAAUGAUCUUAGAUCUUCAAGACAUGAUGGACUCACUGCUGAUGAGAUUAGUAUUGAGGAUAUGUCAGUGGAGAUUAGUGGUGAAGUUAUUGAUCUUUUUUAUCAGUGUAGGUGUGGUGAUUACUUUUGUGUUGAUUCUAGUGAGUUAGGAACAAUGGGGUUUGCUUUGUUGAGAGAUGGUGAUUGUGUUCGUGUUAAGAGAUUGGGUGCUUUUGUUGCGUCUGUUGUUCUUCCUUGUGGUUCUUGUUCUUUGAAAACACGAGUUUGGGUUGAUUCGGAUAUGAAGAUUUCUUUUCAAGAAGAUGUGUUGUGAGCAAUGUGGUGAUCUGGGUUGGUUUAGAGUUGAGGAAUCUCUGUUCAAGGUGGUUUCUUUAGGCCGAAGUGAUCGUCAUGGUCAGGUUUGGACAGGAGGAGUUCUGCUUGAGGAUGGUUGUUUAUGACUGUGUGGAUAGAUUCAUUUAGGAAAAGUAUUCUUGUGACCAAUGUGAUCGUGGUUGGUUCAGAUUUAAGAAAUUCUCUUGCAAGUUUUUUCUGUUGUGAUUUUUGUACUCAUUUGUUAUAUUUGUUGAAGAACUAUUAGUUCUAUAAGGAACUUGAAUAAUAAUGGGAAACAAAAGGGCCGUUUGGUUUUGCUACUC